AUGCUUUUCCGCUCUGUGCUGGGGCGCAGGUUUUUGGGCUGCCGGAAGGGUGGCUGGACCCCAGUAGCGACCGUGAAAUGGCGCAGCCGGUUUUAUACUGGCAGUGCAGCCGCGGCCCCCAAUUUGGCCAUCAGCUUUCCCGGCAAUGGCGGCCGAGUGGAGCCGCCGCUUCGAUGCACGGUGUUUGAUGAAAACGGGCAGGUGAUGAAGGUCUCGUACGAGGUCAGCCGAAAGCAGUUUGUUCGCGACAACAAGCUAAACACUCGCGAUCUUCGCCACCUUGACGAUCUGUCUGGAAUCGUGCCGCGGAUUCUCGUGCACGGCGACCUUAUUCUGGUGAAUAUGUGCGGACUGCGGGUUCUGAUCAAGGAAAAACGAGUUAUGGUAUUUGAGUCGCAGGAUCCCAAAGUCUCAGAACGAUUGAGCAUGCUGAUGUAUGAUUUUCAAAGCAAACUGGCCGGCCGAAAGCGACCGACCGCUCAAUCUGGUGGCCAUGUUCAGCCCUACGAACAAACCGCUUUGGAAAUCGUGUUGGUGCAUGCUAUUGCCUAUCUCGAACUAGAGGUCAGGCGGACGACUCGGGCUAUUGACCAGUACCUGGAGGUGCUAGAGUCUAGUAUCGACCGCACGGUUCUCCGCGAGCUUUCUGGCGAGCACAAGAUUCUCGGCAAAGUUUAUCGGCAGUGUUUAGCGGUGCGAAACGCUUUGGACGAUGCCCUGGACGACGACGAAGGGCUGGAGGAUAUGUACCUCUCUGCUCGGAAGGAAGCUGACAGCUACAAUGACAUUGAGCUUUUGCUAGAAACCUAUUUUAAGGAGGCCGACGAGCUAGUUCAACAGACGGGGGCGGUGUCCAGAGAAGUUGACAUGACCCAGGAGGUUAUCAACAUGAUUCUGGACUCGAACCGUAACCGGCUGCUGUUGUUCCGCCUGCACAUCUCUAUUUUCACCGUCUCUGCUGCCUUGGCAGUGUUUAUUGCCGACAUGUACGGAAUGAAUCUGGAGAACUUCAUUGAGGAAACCAACUUUGGCUUCCCACUGGUGAUAGCGGCUGUUUUUGGGUUUUCCGCUAUUGGCACGAUCUACAACCUCAAGCACCUACGGUUUGUUCAGCGAAUCGCAACGCCUUCGCUCCCGCACAAAGACAAACCGUCGUCAAUCCACUGGCUGGGGACUACUAACCAGGGCCUCUCCAACCGUGUUGUACAUAAGGCCCGCAAAUACAGAUGGCACCGCUAG